GAAUAGAAUUGUUUAUAAUACGGAGGUGAAGAAUCCAAUUCGCUUUUACUUUUCUAUUUCAAGGAUAUUCAUUCAAUAAUAUUUUUGUUGUGGAUUACUACCUAGAUUGUGUCGAAAUUUACUAUGUUUACUCAUUGGAAAAAUAUAAAAUUUUAUUAGUUUGCAUCUCCCAGGAAUCUGUUCGACCUAAUAACCUCAAAUGACUUAAUUCACUUUUACUAUUUUUUCGCGUUAACCUAGUGUGGAAACUUAUCUCGAUCUGAAUAAUAUAUAUGUGAACAUCAGUAUGUUAUCAACGAUAAGAGGACUUUCAUUAUUCCUGAUAAUUUUCGUUAUAAAACCAGGAGAUUGCCUUUAUUGCUAUGAAUGUUCCUCUGAAAUUGAAUUUGGAAGUCAUGACGCUUGCAGUACAGGAAAGACUUGGUAUUUACGAAGAGUACAAUGUAGGACACCCUCAGUAUGUGCGACAUAUUCAUUCACCACAUUGAACCAAGACAGACCUACCAUCACUUCAGUUGCUAGAGGGUGCCAAGCGAUACAAUAUGGUUCAACAUGUGAAGAUAUUUUCAAUGAUUUACGUGGUAGGGGGUCCUUCCACCAUGGUCAUCACAAAUGUUCAACAUGUAGUGCUGACUUUUGUAAUUCAUCUGAAUCUAUAAAUCUUUCUUCUCAGAUAUUCUUUAUCAGUAUUUUUUUGGCCGGUAGCUACAACUAUUUAGCUUGUCGAUAACAGAAAACACUUAUAAGUAUCGAGGAUUUAAUCCUGAGCUUACUCUUUUCGAGUAUCAACAAAAUUGUAUCUAUGAAUGGAAUUUGUAUAGACUUUUUAUUUAUAAUAUUCCAACCUUGAAACAGUUUUUUGAACAAUUGUUUUAAUUUAAAAAUUAUGUUGUGGAUAGUUUUCCGGAUAAUUAUCAAUUUUCUUCAGGGAAAUUAGUUAUUUUAAAGUAUAUUCUACAAUAAUAUUUAUUACUUUGUGACCUUGUGACACCAUAAUGUGUUCAAAUGGACAACGAUUUCUGAUAGAGAACAUCAAUAAAUACGUCCAAAUUUC